AUGAAAGAGCACAACACCACGAUUCAUUGGCACGGCCUCAGCAUGCGAAUGGCACCAUUUUCUGAUGGCACACCUGCAGCAAGUCAAUGGCCCAUCGCACCCGAGAACUUCUUCGAUUACGAAGUCUACCCCCUACGAUCGGAAAGUGGUACCUAUUUCUACCAUUCACAUGUCGGCUUCCAGGCGAUGACAGCUGCGGGCCCUUUGAUCAUCGAAGACCGGGCAGAACCUCCUUACGCUUACGAUGAAGAAAGAAUCAUUCUUUUAUCCGACUACUUCAACAAGACAGACGCCCAAAUCGAGAAAGGCUUGAUUUCGACACCGUUUACGUGGUCUGGUGAGACGAAUGCUGUUCUCAUAAACGGUGUUGGGGUAUCCAUCGACGAGACAGCAGGGAAAGGAAACUGCAAGCUUCCAGUCAUCGACGUCGAGCCCGGAAAAACGUACCGAAUGCGCUUCAUUGGCGGGACUGCCCUCUCAUUGGUCCAGAUGGGCAUUGUUGACCACGACAACUUCACCAUCAUUUUGGCGGAUGGAUCGUACACCAAACCACAUACCGAGAAGUUCAUGCAGCUGUCUUCGGGUCAACGUUUUGACGCUAUUUUUACCACCAAGAGCGAGCAAGAGUUGAUCGGAACAACUGAUUAUCUUAUUCAGCUUGAGACCAAGGAUCGGCCAAAAGUCUACCAAGGCUACGGAGUUCUUCGAUACUCGAAAACCAAAGUGCAGAUCAGCAAGGCACCAGCAACACCACCAUUGUCGCUCUCCAACAAAACGUAUGAGUGGGCCGAAUACGCAUUAGAGCCGCUCAAACCCAACAACUUUCCAAAGGCAAGCGAAGUGACGCGCCGCAUCCAUAUCGAUAACCGGCAGCUUGCAACGCAAACAACGAUCUGGCAAAUCAAUGGUUUGCAAUGGAACGAAACAUCCUCACCAUACCCUGGGGAUAAACCUUACCUGAUCAAUAUCUUUGAGAAUGGUCCUUCUGCGAUGCCCAAUUACACCGCCGCGCUCAAUAAUAAGGGCUGGGACCCAACAACGUUGACUUGGCCCGCAAAGCUGGGCGAGGUUCUUGAAAUCAUUUUGGAAAACACUGGCUCUCUUGUUAACGCCAAUGGCGGCGUCGACUUCCACCCUUGGCAUGCCCAUGGUGGACACUUUUGGGACAUUGGAAGCGGUAAUGGGACGUACAAUGCCACCGAAAACGAAGAGAAGUUGAAGAACUACAAUCCCGUGCGCAGGGAUACGACAAAUCUUUAUCGGUACGGCGAGAAGACAACAUCAGGGUCUAAUGCUGGCUGGAGAGCAUGGCGGUUGCGCGUGGAAGAUGCCGGUGUUUGGAUGAUUCACUGUCACAUUUUGCAACACAUGGUGAUGGGCAUGCAGACUGUCUGGGUGAUGGGAGAUUACCAAGACAUCACGGGCAUUCCUUUUGUGGAUGCGGCUGGAUACCUGGAAUACAACGGGAACGCCACGGGCAACGCCACCUACGCCCCAACUGUCUUGCUGUAUGGCGCUGGCCGCGCGAUCUACAACGUCUAUUUUCAUCCUUUGAGCCAAUAUCCAGGUCCUCGACUGUGGGCGAUAAGUCGCCUUCCAUGGAAUCUUGUCAACCUCAAGGGCAGUUUAGCCUUCCGGAUCCAGGAAUUGCACGAGAAGUAUGGACCAGUUGUGAGGAUUGCGCCUGACGAGCUCUCUUUCACCAGCUCUGCCGCAUGGAAGAAGAUCUAUGGUCAACGGUCACCGGAAUUCUCCAAAUGUUUCGACGGUCGUGGCAUUGCUGGCCCCGGGGCAACCAAUCCGGCAGUACGCAACGGCGGAAUUGUCACCGCCGACCAGGAGCCCCAUGCUCGGCUUAGAAAAGCAGUGUUGCCGGCUUUCAGUGAGCGGGCACUCCGCGAGCAAGAGGAAAUCCUGCAACUGUACGCAAGCAAGCUUGUAGAGAAACUUCGAUCAUCCAGCGAAAGCGGCACACCUCAAGACAUGGUAAAAUGGUUCAGCCUUACUGCGUUUGAUGUCAUUAGUGACCUGGCAUUUGGGCAAGCUGCAGGAUGCUUGGACGAUGCAUCUCAGCCAUGGUUGCAAGUCAUUGGAACACGAGCCCAGGGUAUUGUCAGGUAUCAAUUCGCCAUUUACUACGGCCUCGAGAAGUGGCUAGAAUGGCUCGCUCCUAAGGCCCAAAAGUUGGCCUUGAAGAAGCACGGAGAGCUCACCGCCGCCAAAGUCAAGCGGAGGCUUCAGCAGACUGAGAACAAGAAGGAUUUCAUGAGUUACAUCUUGGAGAACCCUCAAGCUGAUUUGAGCAACGCCGAUCUGGUCAGAAUGGCUUCCGCUUUCAUCGUUGCCGGGAGUGGUACUGCGGCUACUGCCUUGUCUGGUAUCACGUAUUUCUUGUGCAAAAGCCCGGACAAAUAUGCCAAGUUGACGGAAGAAAUCAGAGGCGCGUUCUCCACAGAAGAAGAAAUCACGAUGACUUCGACUGGAGAAUUACGAUACCUCAAAGCAACGAUUGAGGAAGGAUUGAGAAUCUAUCCCCCAAGCCCGAGCGCACUCCCGCGAUUCGUGCCGGGUGCCGGCGAGGAUAUCGAUGGCAAAUGGGUGCCUGGUGGGACUGCAGUUGGGGUUCACCAACUUUCCGCGUCUCGCUCAAAACACAAUUGGACAAACCCAAAUGACUUCAUCCCUGAACGAUGGAUGGAUGAGUCAAGUUUCGACAGUGAUGACAGAUCUGCAAGUCAACCUUUCUCAUUUGGACCGAGAAAUUGCAUUGGAAAAAGCAUGGCUUACGCUGAGUUGCGCAUUGUCCUGGCGAAGCUGUUGUGGAACUUCGAUCUUGAGCUCGUCGACAGUUCAGAAGAUUGGGUGCGCCAGCAAAAGAUAUACCUCAUCUGGCAAAAGGUGCCGUUGAUGGCGAAGUGCCGCCCGAGGCUUUGA